AUGUCUUCUCGAAGCGAAUCUCCAAAAGUCACUUCAAAGUCGCCAAGUCCUUCUCUGACUUUACAUCACCAACAACAACAACAACAACAACAACACAAACGACACUUUCCUUUCCAUGAUGAUCAUCGAGAGGAUGAAAGAGAUGAGCAAGAUAUUCAAUCCGAUAAUCAUGAUCUUUCCGAACAAUCUUUCAUCAUGUUGAAUGACAUCAACAAUCAUCCAUUUAUCAAUGAAAAUGGGAAUACCAAUGUAAGAAGAAUCAAUCAACAAACCAAUCAUAAUGAUGACAAUGUUGCAACAUUGUCCUCUAUCAAUCAUCAUUCUGCAGAAACUUCUAAAAUUUUAGAGCCACCAUCACGAAAGAAGAAAAUUUCACAUAACAAGAGCAACACAAAUCGUUCAAUUAUUUCAUCUCCUCCUCAUGGCCAUGCGAUACAUCCUCACUAUGGUGAUUCCAACACAAUUCAUCCAUCAUUAACACAUCCAAAUUCCAUCUUUCAAUUAAUCUUUAAAAACGAAUGGAAAACAUUGUAUGAAUUUAUUGAAGAAUUAUUUUCAAAAUAUUUUGGAAUUCCAAACAUUCACUCAACAACAAAUCCAAGUACUGUUGUGAAUCAUAAAAUUCCAAAUGAAUCCAAUCCUCUCCAUGAAAAAACAAAAUCUCUGAAACAACGAUUACAACAUUUAUCACCCAAAUCUAUUCAAAUGUUACAACAUGAAUAUUUUAUUGCCAUUCCACCAGAUGCUCCAAAUUUGGAACACACACUCUCUAAGGCUGCAUUUGAUAUUUAUUCACAACAACAACAACAACUCGAUGAUAUUUAUUUACAACAAUUAUUGAAAUCAAUUGAACCAUCUCAACAUGAAUUAAAUUCCAUUCUACUUUCAAAUCUUCAUCUCAGUUUUAGACAAACAUGUAACAUUUCAGAAUUAGUGGAUCGAGUCAUUGAAAGCAUAUUUGCAGAACAAUCACAAAAUGAUUUUGAAAAACCUAAACAUGUGUUGUGUUUUGGAUUUUCUAAAAUUAGACCAAAUGCAAGUCAUGGAAUAUCCACCAUGACGACCAUUCAAUCAUUCUUUCCAAAUUCAAUGAUUGAUCUUGUGAAAAGUCAAGAAUGGGAAUUAUUAUUAUCUCUUGUUGGAGAUUGUGUGAUGAGUUAUAUUUUAAGAUAUUGUGUGGUAUUAAAAGGAUCUAUACCUAGAAAUAAUUUUCUUCAAAUUUGUGGAAAACCAUUGUAUUAUUAUUGUAAUAAUAAUAAUAAUACUAAUAAUACUAAUAAUAAUACUAAUAAUAAUACUAAUAAUGCUAAUAAUAAUCAACAAAAUAGAUCUGAAGAGAAGAAACAACAACCAUUCAUACAUGUAUUUCAAGAAUUUGAGGAAAUUAUGAAUAAGGAAAACAACAAGAUGAUGAUUCAAAAGGAUUCUACUCUCAACAUAUUUGACACAACAAGUCAUAAGAAAGAGGAACAUUUUAAUGAAAUGGUAAAUGUUGAUCAGAACAAUGAACUACAAACAAUGAUGAAUCAUGAAAAAGAAGAACAAGAUUCAAAUCAUGACCAUUCGAAACCAUUAUUACUUGUCUCAGAAUCCUCUCUUCGUUCUCUAUUUUUGGAAAGUGAAGAAAAUGAUCAAGAAUCGAUCAUCAUGGAUGAUCUUUCAGAUGAUCACAAUGAGGACGACAUGAAGAUCAUCAUUCAUGCCAUUCCUUCAAGAUGUUCAUCUCAUAGACAUUCUCGAUGGGAUCGAAGUAUUUCUGAAUUUUAUCUUCCUCGACAAGUCAUGUUGUAUUCCAAUAAGAAGAGACCAGUGUUGGGAUUUCCACAGAAACACUUGUUCAAUACCAUUGAAACAUCUAUCGAAGGUGCUAAGAAAUUAUUUAAUUUCAUAUUCUAUGGAAAGAGAGAACAACCAAAUCCAAGACAUUUGAAAGGUUAUGGAUAUCUUUUAGAAUUACUUUUAGAAAUGAAACAUCGUCAAGUGAAACAUCUCAAAUCCACUCCCUAUCUUCUCUCUCAUUAUUGUCCACUCAAGAGAAUUCAAAAAAAGAAAAUCAUUUCAAAUACCAUUUCCAUUUCACAAACAGAACAACCAGUGAUUUUUAAAAAGAUGAAUAAUGAGAAAGGUUCUUUACACCAUGGAAAUGUGGUAUUGAGAAUGGAACAAGUAUUAUGUACUCAAGAAGAAGAAAUGAAUGAUGAUCAAAAUCAAAAUACUCAAAAUCAAAAUAUUCAAAAUCAAAAUAUUCAAAAUCAAAAUAUUCAAAAUCAAAAUAUUCAAAAUCAACAUGAUCAUCAUCAUAGUAAUAUUCAAAAUCAACAUCAAAAUACUCAAAAUCAUGUAAAUAUUCCAAAUUCAAUGAAUGAAUGCAUUGCACCACAAAUAGAAAGUGAAGUCAUGUUAAAUUCUUCAGAACAAUUUGAAAAUUUAAUAAGCAUGACUCAUCCCUAUGAUAAGAUUUCACAAUUUAUCAAAUCUCUAUGUAAGAAAUUAAUACCAUUGGAAUUAUUUGGAUCUCUACACAAUAGAAAUAUCAUAUUUAAUAAUAUUGAUCGAAUAGUAUCAUUGGGAAGAUAUGAAACAUUAACAUUGCAUGAAUUAAUGCAAAACAUUAAGGUGAAUGAUAUGAAAUGGACCUAUCCAAAAAAGGAUGUGAAAAUGGAAAUGAUGUUGAAAACAAACAACAACAAUAAUAACAACAAUAACCCUACUAGUAGUAGUAGUAGAUCAAACAAAAAUCAUCAACAGACAACAAGAUCAAACAUAAAUCAUCAUCAAACAAAUGGAGUGGAUCUUUUACAAUUUAAAAAACAAACAUUUAUGGCUCAACAAUUUAUUCUAUUUUUAUUCAAACACAUCAUUAUGAUAUUAUUAAGUACACAUUUCUAUAUCACUGAGAGUGAUCAACAACGAACCAAAUUAUUAUAUUUUAGAAGAGAGACAUGGGAAUAUAUUAAUCGAGUGUCAUGGUCGAAAAUUAACAACCAUGAUUCACAACAACAACAAUUAUCAACUAUCACUACUACUACUACCACUAGAACUACUAACACUGCUACUACUUCAAAUACUAUUCAUACUAUUAAUAAUAAUAAUAAUAAUACUAUUCAUACUAUUAAUAAUACUAUUAAAAAUACCAAUAAUACUAUGAAUAACAAGGAUUCUCUACGAGUUGAACCAUCAUCAUCAUCCACUCACUCUACAACUCUACGACUCUUUCAACCUAUUGAAAAAGAGUUAGCUCUACAAAUGUUAAAAAAGAAAUCUCUUCCCUAUACGAGUGUGAGAUUACUUCCAAAACAAAAUACUGCUCGUCCAAUAAUUAAUUUAGGAAAGAGAGUGAUGAAUAAUAUGAAUACUAUUCAUACAAAUAAUACGAAUACCACAAAUCACACCAGAUCUGAUCCAUUCAAUUCUGAAUUCUCUCAUUCCUAUUCGGUCAAUUCCAAACUCAGAGAUUUAUUAAGUAUUUUAAAAUUUGAAACUCAUCGAAAUCCAGAGUUAUUAGGAAGUUCAGUAUUCAAUCCUUUAGAUAUGUACAAGAGAUUACUACCAUUUGUUAGAAUGUGGAAAGAACAAUUACAGGAAGUGAAUGAAAAAGUGAAAAACUUGGAAUCAAAUUUGGAUCAACCCAAUGUCAUACAAGGAGAGAAUUUCAAUGACAUGGACGAUAUUCGAAAUAAUUGUAAUAUUCGAAAUGACAAUAUUCAAAGUAUUAGAAAUAAUAGAAAUGAACAUCUUCUUCUUCCACUUUAUAUUGUUAAAAUUGAUAUCAAAGGAGCCUAUGAUUCAAUUCCUCAUCAAAAAUUAUUUCAAUUAAUUUCAAAUUCAAUUAUUAGAGAAGAAGAAUACAUUUCUGUGAAAUACAAUGUCAUUAGACCUUACAUUGGUAAAAUUAUAUCCAAAUAUGAGAGAGUGAUCAUGUGUCCAAAUCAAUUUAUGAGAUUUACAAAAUUACUCAAUUCUCAACUUUCAUACAAAUAUUGUAAAUCUAUUUUUAUUGAUCAAGUUUCUUAUACAUCCAUCAAUGCCAAUGAUAUUCAUUUGUUAUUGAAAGAACACAUUUCUCAGAAUUUAAUCAAAAUUAAGAAUGAAUUUUAUAUUCAAGUGGUUGGAAUUCCACAAGGAAGUAUUGUAUCACCUUUAUUAUGUAGUUUAUUAUAUGCUGAUUUUGAGAAGGAGUGUUUGAAUUGGGAUUUACCUAAUUGUGGUGUGAAUGGACAUACAAGUGGUGGUGGUGAUGAUGUGAAUGGACAUACAAGUGGUGGUGUGAAUGGACAUGGCCAUAGUAACAGUGGUGGUCAUGCAUGUUGUGUUAUUACUGGAACUGGUAGUGGUGGUGGUGAUGGCCAUCAUCACUUGAUUCAGUCAUGUCAUGUUGCUGAUAAGGAGGAUUCAUGGAAGGAGGAUUCCACUCUCAAAUAUUUCAUUCAUGUAUUGUUGAAUUCAACAACAACAACAAACACCACAAUGACCGCUUGUACUGGAUUCAUGAGUGAAUCGACUACCAUUGUACAUGAAAAUCCUGGUGGAGGUGCUGCUGCUACGACAACUACUAGUAGUACUAGUAGUAGUAGUAGUAGUAACGCCAUCAUUCCUACUUUUACACCACCCAUUUCAUUCAUGAGAAGAGAAUUAGUUCCUUUAUGUUCACCGAUUGGUCAUGACUAUCAUUCUCUCACCACUACCACUACCUCUGCUCCUACUACUACUACUACGACGACGACUUCCACUACUACUAUUAGGAUGGACUUAAACACAACAUUAUCACCUCUCCUCUUUCAAGAACAUCAUGGUCGUCAAGUAGAUUCAACACCACCACCUCCUUCAGUCUUUCAACAAGAAGGACUCAUGAAUCAAAAUGAUCAUCCUCAACAACAUCAACAACCAUUAUCCAAUUCAUCCAAUUCUUCAUUUCUAUUGGUUUCUUCAAUUGGAGUAUUAUUGAGAUUGAUCGAUGAUUUUUUAUAUGUCACCAAUAAUAAGAAUGCUGCACAAUAUUUUCUUGAAACAAUGCAUGCUGGUAAUCCAGAAUAUGGAAUUAGGAUUAACCCAAAAAAAACAAAGGUGAAUUAUGAAACAAGUGUGAAAGUGACAAGUUUAACCAAAUGUGAAUAUCAUGCUGAACGUUUAAUUCGAUGGUGUGGAUUUAAUAUUGAUACCCAAACACUGAACAUCACUGUUGAUUAUUCAAGAUAUUGGGAUUGUCAUUUAAAAGAUAAGAUUUCUAGAGACUGUAGAACUCCUGGAUUUAAUCUUUGUCGAAAACUGAAACAAACGAUUAGCUGGAAAUGUACACCUCUUGUGAUUGAUGGUACCGUUAAUUCUCGUUUCACAUGCUAUUUGAAUAUCUAUCAAUUAUUUCUUUUUGUCGCCAUGAAAUUUCACACCACCAUUCGACACAAGAUGAAACCUCAAUGGAAUAAGAGCAAUCUUGCACACAAAAAAUCAGCCUACAAUUUGUGCAAGACCAUCAUUUCUGACAUUAUUGGAUACAUGUGGAUUUGCAUCCAGAGUAGAAAGAAAGUGAUUCACAAGUUUAGAUCGAUGUGUGAGUUGGAUAAGUUAUGCGUACAAUAUUUGGGUGUUUGUGCUUUUCACAAGAUUCUGCAAAAAAAACAUUCGCAUUAUGCUCCUUUUGAAAUUAUGACUCAAUUACGAAUUGCCAAGAGAAAUUUAUUGAACAUAAUGGCAGAAUGUCGAAUGAAACAGCUCAUGAACAGGGUGACUGACCGAAGAUUCUCUACAGAGCUGUUGAAUCAUAUUCAGUUCUAA